AUGACAGCAGCGGAGCUGACGGCAGCGGUGGAGGAGGAGUUUCGGGCCGUCACCCUGCAGCCGAAAGUGCCGCCGGUCAUCAGUAUCACAGAGGAGGCUGAAGACGGCGGUGCGGCGACCAACACUGUGCAGCUGGCUCCGCUUCUGCUCAUCUGGCCACUCAUCUGGUCCUCUGCCGCUCGCCAGGAUGACUCAUCUACUGCUCAUCUACCCCUCGCCUGGCUGACUUAUCUGCCGCUCACCUGGCCGGGUUGUCUGCCGCUCGCCUGGCCGCCCACCGCGCGCCUGGCUGGCCCGUCUGCCGCUCGCCUGGCUGGCCUGUCUGUCGCUGAUCUGGCGGACUUGUUCACUGUUCACGUACCGCUCACCUGGCUAGCCUGCCUGCCGCUCGCCUGUCCGUCUGCUGCUCGCCUGGUUGGCUCGUCUGCCGCUCAUCGUGCAGGCUUGUCUGCCGCUCAUCUGGCUGGCUUAUCUACCGCUGAUCUGACCGUCUUCCGCUCACCGCUUAAAGGCUACAAGUACGCCCAAGCUGGUGUGCUGAAGAUUCCGCUGCCUUCUGCGAGCACCUUGUCCUGCUGGACCCGCGCAGUGCGCCUAGAGACUGACACGGCGUUUGUCAGCACUGGUCAGCGGCUGGAGCGUGACAACCUCGGCAACGAAACGUUGGAGGUUCUGCAGAUACAGAUCCAGUUCCAGCGUCCAGUGGAGCUGACGGCAGCGGUGGAGGAGGCGUACCGGGCGGUCACCUUGCAGCCGACAGUACCGCCGGUCAUCGGAGAGUAUGCUGGAGACGGCGGUGCAGCGACCGACACCUGUAAGGCGGUGCCGAAGCUACUGAGGACGUCUGGCUAAAGUGGGAGGGAAUGACAGUGAUCGAGGCGUUCGAGGUGCUCUUCUGCAUCAUCGUGGACGUGGACCGUCUGUGAUCCUGGAUCCCGGCAUUGUUCGGCGGCUCCUGGAGCUGGUUCGCACCGGGCUGCAUAUCCGACUCAGAUCCCAUGAAUCAAGCGCAAGCUGCUGAAACUGUCGCCGCCUGGGAGCAGCCAAACAGGUCCGUCAGCGUGUCUGGAGUUCUGUGGUAGAAGAAGCUGAGACAUCUGAAUGUCAUUUUUGACCGGCGUGUGAUAGCCAGACUCAUUGCUGCCCUCCUAUCGACGCGCCGUGAGGUGUGACUAGCGACCAUUGGGCGGCUGUGCGGGUGACGUGUCCGCCGGAGCCGAGUGCCUGGCCUAGUCGGGAGAUUCAAGUGUGAUUGCCAGGCUUAGUGCUGUCCUAUGAAUGUGUAGGUAGUAGGUACUGAUGUGCAGUGUUGAUUAUGCUAUAUUAUUGAUUUAUAUAAUGACUGUUACCAU